AUGGGUUUCUUGCAAAUCCUAAAAGAUUUCGCUAAUUGGUCAACAGUAUGUGGUGUACCACAUAUAGCUAAUGCACAAACCACUAAAUGGAGAAUUUUCUGGUCAGCUAUAUUCAUUUGUAUGGUCAGCAUGUUCAUCUAUGAGCUUUACAUUAUGACCACUAAGUUUCUGACGUUUCCUGUUAGUGUGGAUACGGAGAUUAUCUUUGAAGAACAGCAGUUCCCAGUGGUCACCGUAUGCAAUCUGAAUCCUUACAAAUUGUCAAAAAUCUACGAUAAUACGAAUUUUAAUGGAAUCAAGGUACUAAUGGAUAACUACAAGAAAGCUGUCACUCAAUCACUGUCGCAAUCAGAAGAAAAUUAUGGAUUCUAUGAAAGGAUGAAUCUUUCCUAUGAGCUCGACCAACGUGCUCGAGAAGCAAUGGCCUUAGAAGUUGCGAAACUGGAUCAGGCUUUCUUGCCGCCUGCUUUGUACACAUUCGACGAACUAAUAACAGACUGCACUUUUUCGGGAAAAAAGUGUUCGGCAGCGGACUUCACCCGAUUCGUAGAUCCAAUCUAUGGUGCGUGCUAUUCCUUCAAUGAAGAUUCAAUUCUUACCUAUUCCACGAAUCGGGCGGGAACGAAAUUCGGCCUGAAACUGCUUAUUACUGUUAGCCAGGAAGCCACUACUAUGGUAAACGACUUUCUGCCAACCACUAGUAUGGCCGGUGCUAGAGUGGCCAUACAUCCGAGAGGUGUGUACCCAUCGCUGGAUAACAGUGGGAUCAACGCAGGAGUCGGCUACCAGACAGCGAUUGCGUUGACAUCGACAAGAACCAAACGUGCAAAAAAACCUUAUGGAAGAUGUAUCGAUAAGGAGUCCGAUACCACUAAUCUCUAUCAGGACGAAACGUAUACAUUGGAAACUUGUUUCUUUGGAUGUCGCCAAAGGUAUACAGUGGCCAAGUGCGGAUGUGCAAAUCCUCGAUUUCGUAGAACAGCUUCUGAUGUAUGGUGCGACGCUUCUAAGGGAAAUUUGGACUGUUUGCAAUCGCUUCGUGGAGACCAAGCAUCGACCGAAAAUCGAAACAUUUGUCCUCUAACUGAGUGCUCUUGCAAUCCGCCCUGUCUUGAGACAGCGUACUUCACCACUGCCAGUAUCGCUAAAUUUCCAGCCGAGAACUACUUCGUCGCUACAGAUAACACUCGAGGAGUUGCUGGAAGUUGUGAUGACCAAAACGCCAAUUUUAGUGGGUCUCCUCAGUUAUGUCGCGAUUGGUAUGCAAACAAUGCUCUGCUACUGCAAGUAUUCUUCGAAACACUUAAGUACGAGUCUUACACGGAAGUUCCUAGCUAUGGGAUUUCCGCUGUGCUGAACGAUCUUGGAGGUCAUGCUGGACUCUGGCUAGGACUCUCUGUGAUCUCUGUUGUUGAAGUGUGUGGUCUGAUCCUUCUGCUUCUGAUGUACUGUCUAUCGUGUGGAAAGCUGAAGACUCGUCCUGACGAAGAGGACAUGGAGUCUGAUGAGCGUAUUAAAGACGUUGAAGAAGUGAAGAAGGAGCUCGACUAUGCAGACAAACACGACAAGGACAAGUACGGUGACGAGAUAGACGAUGAUGAGGAGGCAGAUGAGGCUCCACAUCGUGAAGAACAUGCUAAAGAGAAAUAA